CAUGAUAUUGCAGGAGGUUAUCGCUGCACUGCAUUUCUUGGAUGAAAGCCAAACAGUUACUUUCUGUAGAGUGGGUAAAACCCCCUAAUUGCUUAUUUACAUGUGUAGAUCACUGCGUUACUGUGUUAGUCACUGUCUCUAUGCAGCAAUGACAAGACUGGAAGAAGCAAAUAGAGAAGUGAACAUGCAUUCAUCGGUCCGAUACCUUGGCUAUUUAGCCAGGAUCAACAUAUUGGUUGCUAUAUGUCUGGGCCUUUAUGUCAGGUGGGAGAAGUCUGCAGAUGCACUAAUACUGGUAAUAUUUAUUCUGGGACUUUUUGUUCUUGGAAUUGCCAGCAUACUUUAUUAUUAUUUUUCAAUGGAAGCAGCAAGUUUGAGUCUCUCCAAUCUUUGGUUUGGAUUCUUGCUUGGCCUCCUCUGUUUUCUUGAUAAUUCCUCUUUUAAAAGUGACGUGAAAGAAGAAACAACCAAAUACUUACUCCUUACCUCCAUAGUUAUAAGGAUAUUGUGUGCUUUGGUGGAGAGGAUUUGCGGCUGUGUCCAUCACCGACCAACUCUGCUGACAACAGUUGAAUUUCUGGAGCUGGUUGGAUUUGCAAUUGCCAGCACAACUAUGCUGGUUGAAAAAUCCAUGAGUAUCAUCUUGUUGGUUGUGGCUUUGGCCAUGCUGAUUAUUGACUUGCGGAUGAAGUCUUUCUUGGCAAUUCCAAAUUUGGCAAUUUUUGGAGCUCUGGCAUCUUUAUUGUUUUUUCCUUCCCUGAACAUUCCCACAAACCCAUUUGCCUUGGCCUGUUUCUUUAGUUGCCUGAUUUCAGACCCUCUUCUUGAUGUCUACUUCAGCGGACUUUCAGUUACUGAACGAUGGAAGCCCUACUUGUACCGUGGUAGAAUUUGCAGAAGGCUUUCAGUCAUCUCUGUUGGAGUAAUUGAAUUUAUCUUUUUCAUUCUAGCAGCAUUUAAAUUAGGUGACUUGGGUCUCUGGUACUUCGUUAUACCUGGUUUUUCUAUUUUUGGAAUUUUCUGGAUGAUCUGCCACAUUAUUUUUCUUAUAACUCUUUGGGGGUUUCAUACAAAAUUAAAUGACUGUCACAAAGUCUAUUAUACCCACAGGGCAGAGAAUAAUAGCCUUGACCGAGUCAUGGCUUCUAAAGGAAUGCGUCAUUUCUGUUUAAUUUCAGAGCAACUAGUAUUUUUCAGUCUCCUUGCAACUGCAGUUUUGGGUGUAGUAACUUGGCAGCCAAAGAAUGGGAUCUUCAUGAGUGUGUUUCUGAUUGUUUUACCUCUGGAGUCAAUGGCUCAUGGGCUUUUCCAUGAACUGGGGAACUGCUUGGGAGGAACAUGUGUUGGGUAUGCUGUUGUGAUUCCCACCAACUUCUGCAGUCCUGAUGGUCAACCCACGCUUCUUCCACCUGAGCAUGUGCAAGAGUUAAAUUUGAGGUCUACAGGCAUGCUCAAUACCAUCCAGAGGUUUUUUGCAUAUCACAUGAUUGAAACAUAUGGCUGUGACUAUUCUACAAGUGGACUUUCUUUUGAUACACUUCAUUCUAAGCUGAAAUCUUUUCUUGAACUUCGGACUGCAGACGGACCCAGACAUGAUACCUAUGUUUUAUAUUAUAGUGGUCACUCCCAUGGCACUGGUGAAUGGGCACUAGCAGGUGGUGAUGCAUUACGGCUUGACACGCUUUUGGAAUGGUGGAGAGAGAAGAAUGGUUCUUUUUGUUCACGACUUAUAAUUGUGUUAGACUGUGAGAACUCCCAGCCUUGGGUUAAAGAAGUAAGAAAAGUAAAUGAUCUAUAUAUUGCAGUACAAGGAGCAGAAUUUGCCAGAGUGGUAGACAUUGAGGAAGCAGACCCUCCGCAACUUGGUGACUUUACCAGAGAAUGGGUCGAAUACAAUUGUAACCCUGACAAUAGCAUCAGCUGGUCUGAAAAGGGCCGUGCGGUGAAAGCAGUGUACGGUGUAUCAAAACGCUGGAGUGACUAUACUCUACAUUUGCCAACAGGAAGUGAUGUUGCCAAACACUGGAUGAUGUACUUCCCUCGUGUUACCUAUCCAUUGGUGCAUUUGGCAAACUGGUUUUGUGGUCUCAAUCUGUUCUGGGUCUGUAAGGCUUGUUUUAGAUGCUUGAAAAGAUUAAAAAUGAAUUGGUUUCUUCCCACAGUGCUGGACACAGGACAAGGCUUCAAACUUGUCAAAUCAUAAUUAAAAACCAAAGAUGAGUAGAAGUGGGAGCUCUGGGAACUUUCCCACUCUCAAAUUUGAUUGACUUGCAAUUUUUUAUAUGUAACAGUUUUCUCUGUUGAAGAAAUCUUGCUACUUCAGUAGCUAUACUCACAGUGUUCAUCUUUUUGAGCAAUUACAGUAUAUGCAAAGGGUUGGGAACUUCAUUCUAAAAUGAGGAGGAUAAGAUUAUACUAUUUGAAUUUUGUUACUGAGUUGUAUAUAAACAUGUAAAAGAUUUAUUAAAUAUGACCAUGCACU